AUGACAACACAAAUGGAGAAGUGUUACGACCCUCGAGACAGAACACUUACAUUUGUCAGUGGAGACGAUGACUUAGACUUUUUGUGCGAUGAGUUCAAGUCUCUCAGAGCAAAGAUGUCCUGUGGUCAUGCUGUUACUCCGAUGUCUCUCACCAACUGGUGUCGCAGGUUGCUGGACCAGGGUGAGUCCAGAUUUGUGUGUGGCAAACCUGACUGUGAUGUUGAGUGGCCAUAUGAGGAGGUUUGUAAAAUGGCUCUUCUAACCAAAGAAGAAAUGAAGUACUUUGAAAAGAAAAUGUUCCAUAACGCUGCCAAGGAUUACUUGAAUGUCAAAUUUUGUCCUGGCUGCAAGUCUUGUGUGGUGAGGGCUGAUUUCAGUGAUCUGGGUGUCGAGUGCACAAAGUGCACAGCUGCAAAAAGAAGACCUUUCAGAUUCUGCUGGCAGUGUUUGAGGGAAUGGAAAGGUCCGGCUCCACGUUCAGACCGCUGUGAAAAUGAUGGCUGCGUCAAUGAGCCAUUAGAAACACUGAGAAACUGUCCAGAUAUCGUCUUUGAGUCUGUGAAGGGCGUCACUGGCUGUCCCACCUGUGGUUUUCUGGUGGAGCAUAACAGAACUCAGUGUAAAACCAUCGUCUGUUCUCGCUGUAAGGUGAAGUUCUGCUUUGUUUGUCUGCAGUUCACUGAAGAGUGCCUGAAGCGCAACGCAUACAAACUUUGCCCCACUGGUGUUGCACCGAGACAGACCUCGAUACCUGUGUGGCAGAAAAAGUUAUUUUAUAAUGUCAAUCAUCAUAACUGAUGUUACUCAGCCAGGAUCUCAACCCCACACCAACUUUUAGUAGUAGUUAUAAAGCUUUAGAGCUCUUUUGUACCAUCUUUCCAUAAUUGGAACAUUUUACAUAGACAACUAAGUUUAUUCUGUUUUUCACUUUGCUGGAUUUUGCUUUAGCUUCUUUAUCACAAUGUUUCAGUGUGUCAUCAUUCUGAUCUCCAUAAUAUCUUUAUUCAGUCUGUUCAUUUCACAUAUUAUUGUUUAUUUUUAAGUUAUGCUCCUUUGUUUAUUCUCCCAAAACAAGACCUUUUUAAAGCAUAAUGUACUUAAUACUAACAAGGAAAGCACAGCCUGACUUGUGAUUGAAGCAGGAAACUAACAUUGUCUAAAGGAGCAAUGUCAGUGUGCAGACACUACCUUUCGUCAGGGCACAAAACCAAGCUCAGGUAUCUUUGUACUGUAGAGUUAAAAAGACAGCUAAUAGAAAAAAAUUAUAAUAUGAAUAAAUGUCAAAUAUGUUUAUCAAAAGUGCUGUGAGUAGUUUUGUCUAACUUAUAAAUAUCAUUGGCACAUUAAUUUGUAUAUAUUGAACCUUGUUAUUCGUAGAAAUUGUUGAUGUGUGACAAACACACAUAGCAAUAACAUCUUUUUUACUAUUGGCCCCACUCUGUCUCCCUCUGGCUGGACCACAAAUGACAACAUCUGAUUACUGUGAAUGACAAUAACUAUGUACUGAGCUGCUGGUAAUGUUAGAGAAAUUCUAAAUCUAGAAAAUCUUUCUUCUCAAAGAAAGUUCAUGUACAUGUCAGAAUCUACUUAGAAACCAUAUCGUGAAUUAUUAUGCCUUUCAAACAAUACGCACUUUUGCA